AUGACGACAGACCAAGUACCGGAUCUGGAGGGUGAUCUGCUACCUGCCGGAUCGCCCACUCCGGGCGAAGAUCUACUCCAAGAUGAUGACAUGGAUGGGCUUGAUGAUGACGACGCGGAGAACACAGAGCAGGUGGAAGACAGCAACUCGGGAGACGAAACUGAACAACUCCCAGCUAGUCAACGCUUGUCGCGACCCAAGAUCUGGAUGCUAGACCUCCAACCAGGCUUUUCGUCGGCACGGAUAGGUUGUUAUGACGAGGCCUUUCUGAUGAAUGAAAACCUUGACAAAGGUGGAGACGACGUAGCAAGUACAACCGACUUGCUUGCGGCUGGCGUGGUUCCAGACCCUGUUGCCAGCCUCACGCGACCGGAUGGUGUUUUGUCAUAUACAGGGUCACUUGGGUUUGCGGUUCACAAAGCAGCUUUGCAGCAUCUUGUGGACGAAGUCAUGGAGGAUGAGGAUGCAGAUGUUGAAACCGGGCCAGCGCCAAUGGACAUCGACGGCGAAGAUGAAGCACCGGGAGCUGCCGCCUCGUCGUCUGCAUUAGCUGGCGUUGGUGCCUUCAAAAGAAACACGUCCAGACAAAGUGCCGACAGAACCAGUCCGAUCGGAGGAAGUAGUCUCCACCGAAAAAGUCCGCACGACGAAAGAGCGAUUUUUGCGAUAGAACCUGUCGUCACGGCCUACUGCGGACCGUUUCGGGAACAGGUCGCCCAAGCCUUACUCGAGCGCGCUUCGUUCGUGUCGCUGAAUAAGCGUGCGACUCUGGCUGUGUACGCACACGGGAGGGACGCGGGAAUUUUUAUCGACUAUGUGCGGGAAGAGGAGUUUCUGCAGAUCAGUUUGGUCGAAAAUGGCAUGGUCUUGGCAAGCUACGACUGCUCAAUGAACAGCACGGAACAAGGUGAAAACGCACCGACAACUACGAAGAAUACAGCCACAGGAGCCGCCGGAGGUGCAACUAAAGGAAACAAGGGCAAAGGACUCGCGGACAGGUCGGGAAGCAAGUUGCACAUCUACAAUGCGCUUUCGCGCAGGCGCGUAGUCAAAGAAGUAGAUUUUACGCACAUAGGCAUGCUGGCGAACUUUGUGGACGCGGCAUUGAACGCCAAUAAAGAACCAGAGGAGACUAACAUGAAGCCUGCUGGAGCUGUUAAAAAAAGGCAAAUGAUACAUCAGGCUGGAGUCGUUGCUGGGCAACAAGCCGCCACUUCCUCAUCCUCGAGGAGCAUUGGACAGCAGCAGCAGCCCGCAGUAGAUGUCGAACAGGCGCGUGGUCAAGAGAAUGAUCAGGAUCAAGAGUUCGCUCGCGGGGAAAAAGAUGACGACGACGAAGACGCCAACGAAGAUUCCUCUUCCACACACCGCGGGUUCUCGCGCCUUCCGGACACGCAGAGACUGCCAGUGUUGGUGCUUGCGAUAGUGCUGCAGCUGCUGUCCCGCGUGUCGCCGAAAAACAGAAAGAACCCCAUUCCGAUCAUCUGCGAAACGAAAGAAGUCCAGUCCGUUCUGCAGUACUUGCAAAAUUUCGGCAUCACCUUGAAGCACUUGCGCGACCUGUACGGGGAUUAUAACCAGGGCAAAAACUACGACACCAGCGCUGCUGCACAGGCCACAUUGACAUUGCAACCAGGGGCACGACUAGCACCACAGGGAACUGCUGGGUCACAAGUCGCGCAGCAGCAGCAUCGCUUGUUACCGCCGACGGGCAGCCCGCCGUCGAAUAAAGGGCCGCAACAGGCUCUGCCACCCGAAAGUCCGCUUAUCCUCGGCAAUAAGACAAUCCCUCAGACAAUCCCUCACGCCACUGCGCUGCAUCAACCGCCUUUGGCGAUGAAAGGCCAGGGAAAAAAGAAGGGAAAGAAAAAUCCUCCUGCGGAAACCGAUGCGACGUGUUACCAAAUCCCGAAUGUGCACAACCUUUUCUGCACGAAGGGCGCGUCGUGGUACGGCGCCAUGUUGCUCAUUGCCUUGUAUGAGAAGGAUUUGGAACGAGCGGACCAAUUUCGCACUACGUACUUGGAAGCCAAGGCAGGGUUUGAGCAAUACGUCGGGACUACAGCUUCAAAUGCGCCUCCUGUUGAUCUCGACCUCCUGCGCUCGUACCUGAAGAAGGCUGCCCCCGGGCACAUGUGGGUCUCCAGAGAAGAAUUUGAGGCCGAUCGAAACGUUAUUUAUGAGAAAUGCCCGUAGAAGGGGAAGCGAGAGCGACACGCCCCUCUCUCAGGAGGCUUUCUUAUUAUUUCUCAGCAGCGAGGACCUAAUCGUAAUCAAUGAAUCACAGGCGACAUUAUUUACAAACAUGGUGAAUCACCAGACGACGAAAAAUUAUCAAGGAUAGACAAGCCACACGGCAGAAACAAUUCUGUAAGAGCACGAGAACCAAA